AUGCAGCCUGGAUCCAAGGGGAGCGGAGGUAUUCACCGGGACAUCGUGCUGGCCGGCGGGUCGUCCUGCCGACAAGCUAGAAAAGUCUUCGUCUCCUGUGAAGUGCCCUCAACUGGCCAGCAGCGAAAUGAGUCUGCGAGCGAAAGUGCCGAAUUACCCCGAUCCUCCCUUUCAAGAGAGGACUCCUCUUUGGUGACUGUUUGUACCGAAACAGCCACCUCGGUUUCGAGCGCCACGAAGGGAGUUUCUCUGGUGGCCUACGCCCCCUCUGAGACAAAAGCCGAGGGAGGCUCUUCUUUCCCAGACACCGCGCGGAGUGGACUCUCGCAGGUGGCGCGCGACUUCCCCCCGUCGCUGCCAGAGGGUCCUGACUUUUCCCUCUCUUCCCUGUUAUUGGGUGGGUGUCCUGGGCACACAUCGUCCGGAUUGUCGAGGUCAUUCCCCAGCUCUAAUCGGCAGGAAUCGGUGGCAGAGGCGAGUUGUGACUCGACAAACGAGGGCUUUACUUAUUGUGAGCCGUCUCACGGCGCCUCUUCCGCCUCCUGUAUAAUGUUAGAUGCCGUAGAUGCGCCUCAGCAGUCCGUAGCGAAGUCCCGAGGACGCGGUUCAACGCACUGCGUACUCUGGUCUUGCGAGUGUAGACCCGCAUGCCGUCUGUCGUUUUCAGAAGAUCCUCCUCCCCAUGCUGCCGCAGCUCACCAGAGGGGUCAGCCUGUCGGCUCAGACGGUUUUUCUGGAGAGGACAAUGGCACCGCUUCAAACGGAUCCUGCGGCGAGUGCUUCCGCGUGUGUCAAGGGUAUCCUCUUUCUUGUGAAGAGAGGGCGCCUCCACACUUUCUUCCUUCAACGAGUAUGUCGGGACUGCGACAUCUUGCCCGCCUCGACGAGUUACGGAGGGAGGCAGACGCAGCAACUCUCUCCCAGAUUGAGAGAAUUGCCUCUCGACUGGCGCGCGUGGAACAUGUCACCUGGCUUGAGGAGCGGAAACGAAGACAGGAGGGUCAGACCGUGAACAAGGUCGACUCGAAAGUCGAGAGUGGACAGAAGCAUCGGAAUCUGUUCGACUUCUCUCAGGUGGCUUCUACGCGAAGUGACGGUGUUCCAUCGACUUUCCCCGACGCCAUCUGUUCCGCCGGUGCAAGUUCUGAAGACACGGCUCCCUUACAUCCGAUGCGGGAGAGAGGAAAACACGUUCGAGAGGAGCUGCCUGAGAAAGGCUGCAGGAGACAGAAAAUCUCCGAAGAUUGGGAUCCACAGUCUUUCUCAGGAAAUGAGGUUUUAACUGGUUUUUCUGGCGGCAUGCACUGCAAUGACGGCCGCGAAGAGGAAGACAUUAGGAGUCAAACUGCACCGGUGAGCAAUCCGGAGCGGACACGCAAGGAGGAACGGAGGAGCCUCGAAACUUCCGGUGCAAGCGACGAGGACAGAGGGUCGAGGCUGCGUCCUUGCACUUCCCAGUGCAGCGAGGCGCACGCGUCUGCGGAGACUUGUGAGGGUCUUCGCAAAUUUUCACAAGAGCUUGUGAAUGCGGGAGUUGGGGAAAGCCUAGACGAUUUUCACACGCGUAAAUCGACACACAAGUGUGUAAGCGACGGCGUCGACGGCUUUGUUGGGAGUGGUCCGGAACCAGAUGCCGAGGCAAGGCUAGCGGGUGCGGCGGACUUCUUGCUGCGGCGAGGCAUCCCGGCCGCUGUUUUUGAGACAAGGACUGACGCCACCGUGCUACCGCUCUCUUCUCCAUCAGUGGAAGGCGUCGCGCUUGCAGAUGUAAUGCCUCAGUUUCGCAGCGAGACUACACUGCCUCUCUGGGUCCUCUGGUGGUACUGUGGUCGCCACGCUGCAGCGACCGCUCGGAAUGGGGAGCCAGUCGGGCAAGAGUCAUUUUUAGUUUCAGUAGAGCUGUCCUCUUCGAGCGACGAGGAGAACUGUACAUCCACGAAAGUACGAAUGGAAAGCGGGACAUUUUCUAAGGGACAAACAGGUGCCGCGUUGUCUGGAAAGAGGUCGGAACCGCCGACACGUGGGCGGGAGGAAGGGAAUCGCAGGCAGAAGAAAGGAGAGACUCGAGUGUCGUGCGAUAUGAAGGGUGGCCGUGUACGUCGUGAGAUGUCACAGGAAGAUGACUGCGCUCCGGUGGACUUUCUAGAUGACUCCAGCAGCUUGUCAAACACAUGCGCUGACGCGAGAGGUGAAAACGAAGACAGGUGGGAAAACGGUACAGAAGACGAACAAGGCACACGACCACGAUACACAAACACAAGCCGCGGACGCCAGCGGGGAAAAGAGCGAGGGUCGCAGUUGAGUUGUUGCGGAUUCCGCACAGCAACAGAGACGAGAGAUGGAGGGGAGCCUCGUUCGGGGCGACGGGGUGGUGGGUCGUCUCCACGCUCGCCCCGAAUAGGAAUGCUUGCGAAAAAGGAUGCCUCCCCUUCCAAUUUAGCUCCACCGCCCUGUGACACCGAAGCGGCUGCGGAGGCUGUGAGGAGUAAUCUUGAUAGCACAGAGUCAGACGAAUGCACCUCGGAAACGCAAGCUGGUGCGACUGAGGCAGAAUAUAGUUCUACCUUUGGUCCCCGUUCGAAUGGUUCCAGACUGGCCACUGUUUGCAUGGAGGACUGUGGCUCAGCUCGUCGCUUCGAUUCUGGAGUAACAAACGUAGCUGCACGUCACGCCUACGCCAAGGGAGAAGGCGGCGCUGAGUUUGCGACACUUGAACAGACAUCAGGAGAGCAGAAGGAGUUGUCUUUUCUGCGUUGCUCACGUGAAAGUCACUUGAGCACCUGGACCCCCAGAAGACGUGUGUCAGCAGCAAGCAACGCCGAAGGCACUGUUUCUAGAUUUGCAAUACAGUCCACUGUUGUAGCAUCGAGAGACUUGCUCGCGACGGACGGUGGCUGUUUGGCAAACACAGACACUGUUGACACGGGACUCUCACCUCGCAAAUGUGAAGAAGCCACCCAUUUUUUGGAUCACUUUUCACCCCGAGGGCGCCCUGUGUUCAUCGACCUGCGCACACCACGAUGUUCGCCGCGAGCGCAUGCGCGGCUCCUUCGAGGAAGCACUCCUGUGUCUCGUGUCGGCACACCUAUUCAGCGACCGGUGGGCGCGGUCGACAUGCUGCCUCCUGGAGAGGAAGAGCCGAAACGGCGUGGCACAAGCUCAAGCUGCAGAUUCGUUUCGGCAGCGUCCCCUUCUUCGGAGCCUUCGCAUGUCCCAGCGAGGGACCGGAAAAGGACCCAUGAGGGCUCCACUCCAUGCUACCCGCCUCUGGAUUUGGUCACAGUGUCUCGUACAACACCGGGGUCGACGCCUCGAAAGCGCCAGCCUUCCAGGGGUGGCUGA